AGUGUGUAGCUCUUUCUCAGGAAACGUGCACUUCCGCUCUCUGUUCUCUCGAGCAACACGUCUCGUGCUAAGCUACUUCUCCUUAGUGAGAGAAGGUUAAGCAGUAUUGGGGCCUGGCUAUGUUAAUGAGUAAUGCAUGAUACAACUGCCUUCCCAGUAAAUAUAUUAAUGGAAAUCAUUCACUAGUAUAGUUUCCUUUCGUUUAUUGUAACCAGUGCAUGAAAAGGAGACUCAAACACUGCUCACACCACCAAAUUUGAACUAAAAGAGUAGUAUGACGCGUCAUGGGUUAAAUUGGUCUAGGUUUGAAUGUGCCUCCAUCUGGUGGUGGUUUAAUAUACAACACACGACUUGCCGCUACUUUCCUUUUCCCCCUCAACCGUGCAAAAAACUUUUACCAACAAUUUGUGACACAAUUCAGUGUAGCUCUUUCUCAGGAAACGUGCACUUCCGCUCUCUUUUCUCUCUAGCAACACGUCUCGUGCUAAGCUACUUCCCUUCGCGAGAGAAGGUUUGGCAUUAUUGUGACCUAUGUUCAGAAAAUGUAAAUCUAUUAUUAGACACUUUAUCGUCAAACAAACAGAGCGCAAGUGCACUGCUACCCAUAGGCCUACUGAGAGAGCACAGCUUUCGUUUUCAUACGAGAAGAAAGGAAGAUAAAGCCUUUAACUUGCUUUGUUACUUCAGACGUGCAGGGACACUUCUGAAGGUAAUCAUUCCGCAGCAGAGGGGUUUGGUUUAUGACGAGGAGCAGAUGGAGUUUGCUGAACACAUCAAGACCGCUAAUUUGGAGGAUGUUGUCCUCCGACAGCCUCUACACCCUCCGAGCAGAGGCACCUUGUGCAUCACCGGUCACCACCUGCUCUUCUCGGACAGGGAGGAAGGCAGCUCCCGGCAGGUUUUACUGCUUCUCAGGAACAUCGAUGCUAUUGAGAAAAGUGUGGAAAAUCUUUUGGCCUAUUCCAACCUCUUCUCUAGUGCAGGCUGCAGUGAAAGAGUAUCUGGAUCUUCAGGGACGAUAACCAUCAAGUGUAAAGAUCUACGUGUGCUCCAGCUUGAUAUCCCAGGCAUGGAGCAGUGUCUCAACAUUGCACGGUCUAUUGAGACUCUGUCCUGUCUGGACUGUGCCACGGAGAUGUAUCCUUUCUUUUACAGACCCUCUGAUCUCUGCCUGCAGGACCACUGGGGUCUCUCAACCCCUGAAAAAUACUACAGUCAAAUGAAGGAGCUUCAUGAUAGAUGGAGACUAAGCGCUGUGAACAGAGACUACUCAGUGUGUCGCUCUUAUCCUCCAGCUGCCAUUGUCCCGAGGAACGUAAAUGAUGACUCACUAAAGAAGGUGGCCAAGUUCAGGCAGGGUGGACGUUUCCCUGUCCUCUGCUAUUAUCACAGGAAGAACGGCAUGGUCAUCAUGCGCAGCAGUCAACCGCUGCAAGGAGCUAAUAGGAAGCGCUGCAAAGAAGACGAGGAGCUCCUCCAGGCCGUGAUUGAUGGCUCAGACAAAGGAUAUAUUAUUGACACACGCUCCAGUCAGCAGGCAACGCAGGCCAGGAUAACAGGGGGAGGAUUCGAGUCCAAAUCUUGUUAUAGCCCCUUGAAGAGACUGCACAGACAAGUGGAAAGAGGUAAAGCACUCCAAGAGAGUCUGAUUAAGCUGGUAGAGGCCUGUAGUGAUGAGUCCCAGAACAUGGAUCGAUGGCUUAGUAAGCUUGAAAAUUCAAAGUGGCUGUCUCACGUUCAAGCUGCUCUGUCGACUGCCGGCCUGCUUGCAGAGUGUGUGGAGAGGGACGGACAUUCUGUUCUGGUUCACGGCUCUGAAGGGACAGACUCCACUCUGCUCAUCAGCACUCUGGCUCAGAUUAUCAUGGACCCAUGCUGUCGCUCACUGGAGGGUUUCCUGGCUCUGCUUGAGAGGGAGUGGGUACAGGCUGGACAUCCAUUCAUGCAGCGAUGUGCCCACUCUGCCUUGUCCCAUGCCCGUAUCCAGCAAGAGUCCCCUGUCUUCCUGCUGCUGCUGGAUUGUGUGUGGCAGCUGUUGCAUCAGUUCCCCCUGGCACUGGGUUUCUCUGAGGCUCUGCUUCUGAGGCUGGCAACGGAGGCCUACGUGUCUGACUAUGGCACCUUCCUGUGCAACAGUCAUCAGGAAAGGUGGGCUCAAGGAGUGAUGAAGAAGACUCACUGUUUGUUCCAAGCUCUGCUGAGGCCCAGUGAGAGAGACCGGUACUCUAACCCACUAUAUGAGCCCACUAAGCUUGCAAUCUGGCCCUCGGUUCAUCCUCAGUCCCUGCAGCUUUGGAGAGGUUUCUUUCUGAGGUGGACCCAGCACGCUCGCUACCUUGCAGAGGCUCAGGAGGAAAUACGGAACAUGGUUGUUGAAUGGGGAAAGCUGGCACUCAGCUGAUGCCCUUUCAGAACAUGAACAACUUCAGAUUCUCAGCCUGAACAUGUGGAGCAUGUUUCAAAGUGGACUGUUGCCAGUGUACAAUGUCUUACUUUGUGGUUUUUAUAUUGCAGAAUUGUUUUCUCAACCAGCUGUGUGUGAAUUAUAGUAUGUAUCUUAUACUUUCAUAAAAUGUGUGUUUUUUA